AUGAUCCCUGGCACCUUGGAUGCUGGUGGACCCCUCUGGGGCUGGGACUGGGACAGUGAUGAUGACUGGGACCUGGCUGUGCUUGCCUUGUUGGCCCUGGCUGUGGUGGCUGCCACAGCACUUGCUUUGCACUGGUUUGGCUCCGGGCAGGACCAUGAGGUGGGACAACCAGCAUCCACAGCCCCCAGGGCACAGCCUCCUCAGGCAGGAGACAAGCUGGCCCUGCACCCAAAGUCUAAGGCCAGUGGUGGUGGCUUGGAGCAACAGAGCCCAGGGCAGGGGAAGCCAGAAGCUCCAGGACAAGACCAGAAGAGUUCUGCUACAGCCGGGGCCCAGGACCAGAAGCCCUCUACAGGCAGAGGUAUGGCCCCCACAGAUGGGCUUCCACUCAAGACCCUUGGAAGAGUGAUCAGCAGAGGGGUCUCAGGACAGCAACAGGCUAACUCUGCCCCUGGAGCUCCUCAAGAUAAAGAAAGGGAAUGUUCCAGUCCAGACUCUGCCCUCCUAGUUAGGAGCAAAGCAAGGGGUAUCCCUGCCCCACUCCUGAUCCACUUCACGCCUCGGAGUCCUGGCAGCAAAAUGGAGGCACAGGUGCAGGAAGGUGGCACCGGUACCAAGGAGUCAGCUUGUCAGGCCCCAGCCUGUGCAGAGCAAAAGGACACCAGCUCCUGGCACCUGAGUGUGAAGGCCCCUGGCUCACGGAGGAGAGACGAAGGCAACUUUCAGUGGUGGCUGGACUCCAGCUCAAGAGACAGAACAUCCCAUGCCCCAAAGCCAGACCCUCUCCGCCUGGGUGCAGCCGUGAGUGUGUGGGAUGUUGUGGAUGGGGCGUUCAAGGCCACCCAGGACUCCCAAGCCCAUAGUCCCUGCAAAAGCCCCCCACUGCCCUACUCUACACCAGAGCCUUCUGGGCAGGAUCUGACCGGAGCCUCCACCACACAGAUCCAGCUGGGGGCAAACAGCUCUGAAGACAGGCAAGGGGGGAGCAAUGUCCAGUCUAGCCCAACCCGUGCUGUGUGCUCUGGGGUCAAGACCAAGGAGAGCAGGGAGACAGGGUCCUCAGCCCUGAGGGAGACUCAAAGAGUUGAGGCCCGUGAGGGAGGCUGGACCUGGGCAGCGAAGGAGCCAGCCCUCAUCUCCAGCAGCUUCAGCUGUGUCCCCGGCAUGACUGGUGUAGCUGCAGACUCUGCAGUCACCAGCAGGUCAAGUCUUGUACCUGAGGAGCCCAGUCUUCACUUAUCCAAGGGCUCCCAGAAAGGUCAAGUCUCGACUAGCUGGGGAAACCUUAUUGCCAUGGUUCUUAGAAGCCACCCCUUCCCCAGGCAAGAGCAGGCACAGGGGAGUGCUCCAAAGGCAGUUCCUGGAACCUCUCCAGGACCCAGUACACUCUUACAUGCUGAAGAUAAGCAACCCAGCUCUCUCUCUGAAGUGCCUAUUCCCAGCCCCCAGGACAGAUGCAUCUCUUCCUUAGGAAAGGGUACAAAGGCAGGCUCAGGGGACCUGGCUGAGACUGGCUGUCAACCACAAUCAAUAAGCUUCAAGACCAAUGGGAUUCCCAUUUCUAGCUCACUCCCAGGUGGGAAAGGAGAUGGAACCAAGGAGAAAACUCUAGAUUUGCUGUCCCCAGCUACGAUGCCCACACCCCUCUUACAGCCCUCGAAGGAGACACAGCCUAGCUCUGUACCAUCCUCCACUACCAGGCAAGAUUCUCAGCCCAUAUCCAGGCUUCAAAAAGGUAGCAUUUGUGAAAUAGUCCAGAAGUCUGAGCUGGUGACUACCCAGACAGGCCCAGGGAAACAGAGGCAGGUACCUGCGGAGGGACCCAGCCCUGCUGACAGCAGGGAGAUCCUCAGAGAGAAGCAGAAAGAGGCCCAAAAACUCAUGUUUUUCUUGCAGAGGCCUGGGAGCUGGGGGGUAGUGGAAGGGCUUCAGAAGACCGACUCCCGGGCAGCAACAGAGGCACCGUGGCCCCGGCAGGUAGACCUGAGCAACUGCUUGGAGGUCUUGGCUUUCGCCCAGCAGCAUGGGGAGCCAGGCUUGGCUCAGGAGACCUAUGCUGUGAUGAGUAACAACUUGCUGCGAGUGCUGGGCGACCCGCAUCUCUACCGGCAGCUGAGUGGGGCUGACCGGGAACGCAUCUUAAAUCUUCGAACUUGUCAGGGCCAGACGGUGCUGGGGGUCCUUGUGUUACCCAGCCUUUACCAGGUGAGCCGCUCAGGGCUCGGCAGGCCCUCUCCUGGAGAGGAGGCUGCUGCUGCGGGGCCUGCACCCCUGCCUCCUCUCACACACCUCCAUGUGUUCAUUCCCCAAGAGAAUUCCUGGCGGCUCCUGACCCAAGUGCCAGAGGAGGCUCCACUACGGGGCUGUGGGCUCUGCACCAUGCACAACUACCUGUUUCUGGCAGGUGGCAUCCGUGGCUCUGGCACCAAGGCUGUUUGCUCCAAUCAGGUUUUCUGCUACAACCCUCUGACCAACAUUUGGAGCCAGGUUCGGCCCAUGCAGCAGGCCAGGGCCCAGCUCAAGCUGGUGGCCCUGGAGGGGCAGCUUUAUGCUAUCGGUGGUGAGUGCCUGUACAGCAUGGAGCGCUACGACCCACGCACAGAUACUUGGACCUUGCGGGCACCCCUCCCCGAGGGCACCUUCCCUGUGGCCCAUGAAGCUGUGGCCUGCCGUGGGGACAUUUAUGUCACCGGGGGUCAUCUCUUUUAUCGACUGCUCAGGUACAGCCCUAUUAAGGACUUGUGGGUUGAAUGCCCGUACAGUGCCAGCCACCGGCGUUCCAGUGACAUGGUUGCGCUGGGGGGUUUCCUGUACCGCUUUGACCUGUUGCGGGGGGUGGGGGCUGCGGUGAUGCGCUACAACACAGUGACAGGAUCUUGGAGUCGAGCAGCAUCCCUUCCUUUGCCCGAUCCUGCCCCACUUCGCUGCACCGUGCUUGGCAACACCAUUUACUGCCUCAACCACCAAGUCACAGCUACAUUCACAGUCUCAGAGGGGACUGCUCAGUUCCAGGCCAAGGAGCUGCAACCCUUCCCUUUAGGGAGUAAAGGGAUCCUUUGUCCAUUUACUCUAACUCUGCCCACUGAGGCUCAGCUGCAGACGGCACUCUGA